UUCCUGUGGCCUCUCUCCUCCAUGGCCCUCCUGGCUCUCCCCCUGGCGCUGCUGGCAAUGACCGUGGCCACCACAGCCAUCGAGGAAAAGCCCCUGGACGUGGCCCCGGACUCCUUUGAUGACCAGUACCAGGGCUGUGGCUCUGCUAUGAACACGGAGUUGCCGGCCCUGAACCGCACUGAGUACCAGAAGAAUUCUCUGUUUGCCCAGGUCUGGCCGAGGGCUGUGACCAUGUGGCAGUUUCGGGGGUCCCCAGUGUUCCCUCUGUCAUCCUCAGCCCAGGCCAUCGCCCUCAUGGCCUACACCAUGGAAGGUCUGUACAGGAAGUUCAACGAGGAAGUGAGGACAGCCGGGCGCUCCCGCCAGCAAUACCGGGACAAGUUCCACUUCAAAACUCUGCAUUUCCUGCUGACCAGAGCUGUGCAACGGCUGUGGGACGAUCAGGGACAGAAAUGUCACUGUGUGUUCCGGGGUGUGAAAAUGUUGAAGUUCAAAGCAAAGGUCGGAGACAUCGUCCCGUUCGGUCAAUUCGCAUCAUCAUCACUUUGCAGAAAUGUCACCCAACGUUUUGGAAGCACCACGGUGUUCAAGGUGCACACGUGUUAUGGUGUGUACAUCAGAAACUUCUCCAAAUAUCCCAAUGAGGAGGAGGUGCUGAUCCCACCCUUUGAGAAGUUCAAUGUCACCAAAGUCACCGACAACGGGGAUAACGUGCAGAUCAAACUCAACUCCGUCGGGACCUACAGCAAAUACAACUGCGAGUGGCUGAGAGGUGGAAGCGUCCCCAGAGCCCCCUGCCACCUCGGAGGACUCCUCCUGGCCACCACAGCCCUGGCAGUGGCCACCGGCAUCCUCUGA